GACCGAUGCCGUAUUAGCAUGUAAGUGGGGCACAUUCGUCGUUUAUGUGUUUUUUUCUCUUCUUCUCUGGGAUGCAGCAUCAAGUACAACCAGCAGAGAAAGGGCAAAACCUCUUGUUAUUUGCUUCUACAAUAGUGUUCGGGUCAACAGAACAAGUGCUCGAGAGUCUGCUGCUGUCGCGGAAAUGGACGCUACCAAUCCAGAAGAGGAAGAGGCUCGUGUGUUGAAUCACCACAGCGUGCGAACUGAGCUGCUUGCCCUGCCAACUACCGAACUUCUUCACCGCUACAAUGACGCGAAAGACCUCGCCCAUUUUUUGAUGAACCUUAUCGCACAACGUCAGCAGGGCACCCUCGCCGACGUCUACGCUUUGCUGGAUAUCACCGCAGCGGAAACGCACAAAUGAAGAGCAGGAGUUGUGGGGGGGGGGGGGUUCCCCUUCCAUAUUGAAGACGAACAUGAGCGUGGACUCGGUGUUUUUCUUGUGCGUGCGUGUUUUGCUUUCUUGUUGUCAACCUGCUACGUCAACCGACAGCACCUGCAAGUAAAUCAAAGAUUCACCUGCCGGAUGCGUUCUUACCUGCUACCAUCAUACAUAAAGAAAAAUUCUUUAAAUUAACUGUUUAUUACGGUUCACUUUCUUGCUACCGAAGCAUCAUCGAAGCGAAUUUUCAUCAAUGAUACCUUUUUCAUCGCUUUUCCCACAAUCUCCCUACCCCUCUUUGCCGUGUUCGCUCUACGUAAUGAUCUAAUUAAACCUCCCCCUCCCCCAGAUAAUAAUAAAAAGAUUUGAACCAGGCAAUCAUACAGUAGAAUAGCUAUCGUAAUGUCACGGCAGAAGGAGUACGUCAGCCCGGCUGGGCUUCGUCUUGAUGGCCGUCGGCCUUUCGAGUCGCGGCGGAUGGAUAUUUCUUUCGGCACUCUGUCCGGCUGCGACGGCAGCUGCGACAUCUCCCUCGGCCGCUCGAAAGUGUGCGCCACCGUCUUCGGCCCCCGCGAAUCCGUCCACAAGCAGGAAGCGAAGCAUGACGAGGGAAUCAUUACUUGCGAGGUGGCCGUGGCCGCCUUUGCCGGUGAAAGCCGACGCAACCCGCAGCGGCGGGGGCGACUGUCGGAGGAUAUUAGCGCCGCUGUCGUUCAGGUAGCACGCUCCGUCGUGCUUCUUUCGCAAUACCCCAACUCCCAAAUCCACCUUUACGUGGAAGUCCUCCAGCAGGACGGGAACGAGAAAAUUGCGUGCAUUAACGCGGCUUGUCUCGCGCUCGUGGAUGCGAAUGUCGCUAUGCGAGACGCUGUCUGCUGCACAAACGUUGGAUUGCUAGAUGACCACAUGUUGGUAGACUUGACAAACGAUGAACUGCGCUCACAAUGUCCUGUGAUCGCUGCCGCUUUUACCGGUCACGAUACGCGGAACAUUAUCUGGCUAGAAACGACUUCACGCCUUCCGCCAGAGUCGGCGCUUCGCCUGUUGAAAAAGGCCGAGGAAAGCGCGAAGGAGCUCUUCGAAACUACAAUGCGCAGAGCGCUGGAAGCGCACGCGAUGCAGAUCUUGGCACUCCAGAAUUAA